CUUGUGCCCAUGAUACAAUAAACUUAUUAUAUUAUCAUACUUGUGCCUACCGCGUACGCUGUUCACUGUACGGUAAAUAUUGUGAUUUGCGUUUUUGACUUGUACUGAGUAGUUUAAUUUUCCCGGGUUUCCGUAUCGCGGUCUCGGCUCGGUGGAUCGCGAUUCACUAUGAGCGAACUACCAAACGAUAUGGAUUCGGAAAAGUUCAUGGACGAAGUACGAUCUUUGCACCUUAAAUUAGACUGUGUGACCGAGACGCUCAGCUCGUUGGAUAAAAAGAUCAACGAAAUAAAUGAAUCACAGCAGAUUGGAGCCGAAACAGUGCGCAAAUCUGCCAAUUCCAUUAACAUUAUCAUUAGGUUUUUGGCCGGUUUACGUAAAUUGUCACAUGAAGAACUAAAAAAUACCCUGGUUGAAGCUGAUGCUAUUCUAAAUACUGUAAAUCCCAUUCCUACAAAUCAAAAUCUUGAUGAAACUUUAGAAUGGAAUGUCACUAAGGAUACGUUAAAAACGAUAUUGAAAGAGGUAUUUGAUUUACUUAGUUCAUUGCCCCUUGAUACCAAAGUUAAUGCUAACAAUCCAGUGGCUUCAACAAGUAUUGCAUCUGGUAAUAACAAAGUAGAAGAGAAGAAAAUACAAUUUUGGAGAAGAUACAAAAACAAAUACAAUUAUAUCGAGAAACUUAAACCUAAAUUGCCACCAAUAAAGAACCCAGCUGAGGAAGUGGUAUCUCUACAAGAUGGCAUUGUAGAAAAUGAUGUAAAUCCUGUUGUAGAAAAUGAUGUAAAUCCUAUUGUAGAAAAUGAUGUAAAUCCUAUUGUACAAAAUGAUGAAAAUUCUAUUGUACAAAAUUAUGAAAAUUCCAUUGUACAAAAUGAUGAAAAUUCCAUUGUACAAAACGAUGAAAAUUCCAUUGUACAAAAUGAUGAAAAUUCCAUUGUACAAAACGAUGAAAAUUCCAUUGUACAAAAUGAUGAAAAUUCCAUUGUACAAAAUGAUUUAAAUGACAAUACGCAAAAUAGUGUAAAUGACACUGCACAAAAUGAUUUAAAUAAUGAAACAACAUAUACUUUAAAUGACAUUAUACAGAAUGAAGAAGUAUAUGAAUUGUUUAAAAGUAAACUUAAAAAUUCACCAUAUGAAGAGCCAUGUUUCCAAAAUAAUGUCAGAAAUUCUAAACUGACUUUAAAAUUGCAUAAUGGUGUAACAAUUGUAAGACCUGUGAGUCAUGUAGCACCAUUAAUAGUUCUAAAAAAAUGUGAUGAUAUAUGUCCAAUUCCACUACAAAAAAAAAAUCCAACGGAUGAACAUUUUCAAAGUACUUCGAACUAUAUAUAUGAUUCCAAUAGUAAUAAUACAACCGCACAAAGGACUAAAAAAGAAACAAGAGCUAAUAAAACGAAUAACACAACAAAUAGUGUCAAUACCAAUGUUGAAACUACCACUAAAAAACGAAAAAUAAUCAAAAAUAGAAAAUAUGAACCAUCAAAAAAAAACAAAAAAUAAAACAAUAUACACUACAAAUUAAUGAACGUUAUUAUUUAAAUAUUUUUUGGUUUUUUUAAAUUUUUUAUAUUUAUUAAUGAAAGAUUUCUUGAUUCCAUUCUAAUUAUUCAAUACGCUUAAUUGAUGUGAUAAGAAUUUAUACAUGAAUUUAAUAGAAUUACGCAAGGCUGUACCUGUGUUUGAGGUUAAAGGUUUCACCCCUUCGAUUUUCUUCCACAUUGGGAAACUUUAAAAUUUAACAUUAAUUUUUAUGUUUCUUAUCGUGCAUGUUAUUAUGUUAUUAUUACUUAAUUAGUAAUAAGUUCCAACAUGCAAAAAAGCUUAUGAAUUUAUUUUAUAUAACUUAAGUGAAAUUUAUAGUUUGUAAGUACAUGUUUGUGUGAAAAAAUGGAAAUUUACGUUUUUAAUUAAAUGUAUUUUUAAGCAUUCAAUUAAAAAUCCUUAAUAAUAGAUGUAACUGAUAUAAGUGCCAAACAAUGUUUCCUUGUUUGAACAAUGUACAUUUAUAUUUGUAUAAUAUGCCUACUUCUAGCUUAGAUAGUAUGUAUAUUUUUUAUUCAUGCCUAUACUAAUAUGUAUGUUAAGUAUAUUCAAUAAUAAUAUAUUGUGUGUAAUGUGUACAAGUAUUACUUGUUAUUAUCUAUGCUGAUUGUAAUUUUUAUUGUUAAAAAAUUCAGAAUAAGGAAAUGUGGGAUGUCCGACCAAUAUUGGUUACAGAAAUUACACUUUACUCUCUUAGGUUAAUCUAACUAACCCCAAGGUACAGUUGAAAUGUAGACUAUGUAAGAUAAUAUUUCAUGUUCUUAUUUUCAAUAGAUAUUUCCACAAAACCAUUGUACAUUUUUUUUCUCUAUAAAGUUGACAAGUACCUGAUAAUAAUUAUGCCAUGUGCCAUAAAUAAUUAAUUUUAAUUUUUAGUUGGAAUAAUGAUGUUAUUAUAAAUAUUUAAUUUUAUAUUUUUGAGAAACUAUUAUAAAGUCAUUAUUACAGCUAA